UAAUAAAAAUAUAUGGGUUUUGUGUUUGAGUCCCACACCUCAGGAUUUGGGUAUUUAAUUCAAGAUUCCGUCAAUAUAGAGUUUCAGUAUCCCUUAAAAACAGAGGAACUGUCUAGAGCCUCUAGCCGAAGGUGUCAAACUCCGUCUUGCAAUCAUGUUUUCUUCAAAAGAAAUGCCUUCCCCGUCAUCCUUGUUCUCUGCCUAUGCCUCUAUCGCCACUUCAAUGAUGCUAUUUCGAUCCAUGGUUAAUGAAAUCAUUCCUUAUCCAAUUAGAAGCUACCUUUUCUCCACUUUCCGCUUCUUCUUCAAGCCUCGAUCUUCUCUUCUUACCUUAGUCAUCGAUGAGUCCACCGGAAUUGCUCGAAACCUAGUCUAUGAUGCGUCUGAAACAUACUUGUGCACUAAGGUUAGUCCAAACACUGAAAGGCUGAAAAUAAGCAAAACCUCGAGAGAGAAAAAUUUGACAAUUAAGCUCGAGAAAGGAGAGCAAGUCGUUGAUUUCUUUGACGAUAUUGAGCUUAAAUGGAGAUUUGUCUGUACAGAGCCUGAAAAGAACGAUCCCAAUAACCAUAACCCUUUCCUGUCAAGAUCCGAGAAGCGAUGUUUCGAGCUUAGUUUCCACAAGAAACACAAGGAAAAAGUGUUGAACUAUUACGUGCCUUAUAUUCUUGAAAAAUCAAGAAAAAUCAAAGAUGAACAAAGAGUCUUGAAGAUGCAUACACUGAAUAAUUCACCAUCCUACGGCGGCAUCAAGUGGGAGUCCAUAAAUCUUGAUCACCCAGCAACAUUUGAGACUCUGGCUAUGGACCCAGAAGCGAAAAAAGCUGUUAUAGAGGAUCUGGAAAGAUUUGUGAGUAGGAAGGACUUCUACAAGAGAGUAGGGAGGGCAUGGAAACGUGGGUACUUGCUGUAUGGGCCUCCAGGGACUGGAAAAUCCAGCUUGGUUGCAGCCAUGGCUAACCACUUAAAGUUUGAUGUCUAUGAUUUGCAGCUUGCAAACAUAAUGCGGGAUUCCGAUCUGAGAAAAUUAUUGCUGGCAACUGGAAAUAAAUCAAUUCUCGUGAUUGAAGAUAUUGAUUGUAGUGUGGAUCUACCUGAUCGGCUUCUUCCUGAUGGACGUAAUAACAAACAACAUGAUGUACAGUUGCAGUUGACAUUGUCUGGGCUACUAAACUUCAUAGAUGGAUUAUGGUCGAGUUGUGGGGAUGAAAGAAUCAUUAUAUUUACCACCAACCAUAAGGAAAGGCUAGACCCUGCUUUGUUGCGUCCAGGACGCAUGGACAUGCACAUUCACAUGUCGUAUUGCACAUCUCAUGGGUUUGGGAAGUUGGCAUCCAAUUACUUGGGCAUCAAUUCCUGCCAUAGACUCUUUGCAGAAAUUGAAAGCUUGAUAAAUAACGUAGAGAUCACUCCAGCGCAGGUUGCCGAAGAGCUAAUGAAGAAUGAAGAUGCUGAUAUUGCACUUGAAGGACUUGUGAAGCUCCUCAAGAGGAAGAAAUUCGAAGGAGAUGAGUUCAAGAUUCAAGAUUCUUCAAAGAGGCAAAAAAUUGAGAAGAGGCGUAGAAAGCCUGUUAGGACUGCUUCAAGAAGAAUCACUAGAAGAAGAUAUUUGUAAUUACCCUACAUAUUUAUACUACCUAUCUCUUCAGAUUAUGCGCCCACUGUAUCGGCUCUAUAUCUCAAGUGGAUUCAAGAUCUUCUUUUAUUUAAUAUAUAAGAUAAACAUGACUUAUGAUGCUAA